AUGGGAGUUGACCAUUUCAUAUGGCAGAGCUUUGAUUAUCCUGGUGACACAAUGCUGCCGAACAUGGUGCUGGGAUAUGAUAGAAAAUCUGGAAAGAGCAGUUUCUUGACAGCCUGGAAAAGUGAGAGUGAUCCAUCCACUGGGAUAUUCUCAGCUGCAGGUGGACUGGCAGCAGAGAUGCCAGGACAAGUGGUCAUAUGGAAUAAAUCAAAGUUCAACCGAUCAACUCGCCACUGGAGAACUGGGCCAUGGGAUAAAUCAAAGUUUAUCGGUGUACUUGAUAUGGAUAACCAAUAUCUAAGUGGAUUCAAUCUGGAUGAAAAUGUGGAGCAGGGAACAAUUCAUUUCUCUUUUACUGUUUUUAACAAAUAUCUUACAUAUCUGGAGCUCUCUUCAGAUGGAAAUACAAAGCUUAUGCGUUCAGAGAAUGGUGGAAACUGGUCUCUCCAGUGGGAGGCACUGCAGAAUCAAUGUGACUAUUAUGGAAAAUGUGGACCCUUUGGGGUUUGCAAAGUUUUGAAACCUCCAAAAUUCACAAAAACAGCUUCAGAAUCUCCAAUCAGCUGCAAGUGUUUGAAAGGGUUUGAACCAAAGUCUUACCACGAAUGGAGCAAAGGAAACUGGACAGGAUGGUGUGUGAGAAAAACAAAGUUAGUUUGUGAGAGCCACACGAAUAAGUCAUCUGUCUCAUCGAAAAGAAAACAAGAUGAGUUUAUGAAGAUGGAAUUCCCCUCUGGUGGAGAAGAUCUUUUUAUCCGCCUAGCACCUCGAGGUAAAGAAAAACAAAUAGAGUUAAUUACCGGCCUUACAACUGUCUGUUUUAUCAGCAUCUUGGUUGGCAUAUUGUGCGCUUUGCACAGGUUGCAAGCUAAUCAAAUUGGAAACAUCAAAGCAACAACAAGGGGACUUGAAUUGACUGGUAUGGUUCCAGGAAACUCUCUUCAAGACUACAUAAGAAAGCAUGACCUAUCAGGGAUAUUGGGCUUUGACUUUGACAGCAUAGUAAUUGCUACAAACAAUUUCAGCAUAACAAACAAACUCGGGCAAGGGGGUUUUGGCCCAGUUUAUAGGGGUAAACUAGAAGAAGGGAAGGAAAUUGCAGUAAAACGACUAUCCAGUAGCUCAGGGCAGGGCAAGGAAGAGUUCAAGAAUGAAAUGCUGUUGAUAUCCAAGCUCCAACACAAAAAUCUUGUAAGAAUCAUGGGUUUCUGUGUUAAAGAGGAUGAGAAGUUACUGAUUUAUGAGUUCAUGCCAAACAAAAGCUUGGACAUUCUUCUGUUCGAUCCAAUGAGAAGAACAGAGCUGGAUUGGGCUAGCCGCUUCAAUAUCAUUCAGGGUGUGGCUAGAGGGCUUCUUUAUCUUCAUCAUGAUUCCUGUUUGAAGGUGAUACAUAGAGAUCUGAAGGUCAGCAACAUUCUCUUGGAUGAGAAAAUGAACCCAAAAAUCUCAGACUUUGGAUUGGCACGUAUUGUUCAUGGGACGAAUAAUCUUGAGAAUACUGAGAAGGUUGUGGGAACACUUGGCUACAUGUCUCCGGAGUAUGCCAUGGGCGGGAUAUUUUCUGAAAACUCAGAUGUGUACAGCUUUGGGGUCCUGGUAUUGGAGAUCAUUAGCAGCAAGAAGAAUACCAACUUUUAUAACCAUGAACAACGUACAACUCGGUUUUCUAGCCUAUGUAAGUUCGCACUGUAAAUCUUCGUCAAACUGUGAAUAUAUGAACAGUCACAUUCAGAUAAUGAGGACUAUGGAAGUAAAUACAGCACACCAAUGAUUCUAGCCAUCAUAUAUAUGAAUUUGGUCUGGCAUGGUACUUGUGGACUGAAGGCAAGGGGCUCGACUUUGUAGAUGAUCGAAGAAUUGGCCGAGGCAUAUUCCUCAUCAGAAGUAAUGAGAUGUGUCCAUACAGGACUUCUUUGUGUACAGCUAGGAUGAACCCGUCGAUAGGCCAACCAUGCUGGAGGUCGUUUUAAUGCUAAGUAGUGAGACAGAUGCCCACAGCAUAAUUACGCUUGGAAAAAUUCUAUCCCACAGGCCACAGCAUAAAAAUAGUUGCUUCACAAAUGAAACUACCAUAACAGUGAUGUUAGGAAGAUAACUGACGGCAACUUUGCUUCACAGAUUCAUAAUGUUAUAGUAUGUUACUAUAUUUUGCAUUUUGUGAUCAUAAUUAAUCAAUUUUUUAUUCAAUUAUCUUAAUUGGCGGGAAAAGAGAGAAAAAAUUGAAUUUAGAUAUUUGUUUUAGAAUUGAGCUGUAAUCUUUCAAUAUGAAUGCAUACUCUUCCAUAUAUGUCCUCUAUUGGGAUGCUUAAGCAAUAUGUACAGUGUAUACUGAUCGUUGGAGAAAUUUCUCUC